AAACUGAUAGGACCAACUAGAACAUGAAUCUAGCUAUGGAAUGAGAUCUAUCUUUCCAUUAGUCGCAACAUUAAGGCAUGCUUAUACUGACAGCGACUAGUAAAUGCGGAAUACCCCAUCCAGUAACCCCAACCACAUUCCGUCACUACUCCCAUAAACCUCACCAAACCCCCAACCAACCUCAAACUUACCAUUAAUCCCCAGCUUCUCCUCCCCUCCCAAGUCCUUCACCAAACUGCACAAUGGCCUCCCCCGAACCCCCCCGCCGCCUCGUCGGCGUCUCCACAAAAAUGUACUUCUCCCUCCAGCAAACCUUCUCCUACACCUGGGGCCUCCUCCAGCUCGACCCCCUCGCCUUCAACGCCCGCAUCGACCUCUUCCUCAUCCCAGACUUCCUCUCCCUCCACCCCUGCGCCGCCAUCCUCGGCCCCUCACACAUCAAGCUCGGCGCGCAAGACACACACUGGGAAGACCGCGGCGCAUACACGGGCGAAGUGAGUCCCGCGGCGCUGGCCGAGGUCGGGGUCAGGAUAGUGGAAAUCGGGCAUGCGGAGCGGAGAGCGCUGUUUGGCGAGACGGACGAGGUGGUUGCGCGGAAGGCCAAGGCGGUGAGUAGGCAUGGGAUGGUGCCGCUCGUGUGCGUGGGGGAGACGACGCAUGGGAGUGUUGCGUCUGCGGCCGUGGGGCAGGCGAUACAGGAGUGCCGGGUGCAGGUCGAGGCGGUGCUGAGGGCCGUGCCGGAGGAGCAGGAGAUUGUUUUCGCGUAUGAGCCUGUGUGGGCGAUUGGAGCGCAAGAGCCGGCGGAUCCGGAUCAUGUGGUGCAUGUUACGAAGGCGAUACGGGAGAUGGUUGGGCAGAGGAAGGGGUUGGUGAGGAUAGUGUAUGGGGGAAGUGCGGGGCCGGGGACGUUUGGGAGGAUUAAAGAUGGGGUGGAUGGGUUGUUCCUGGGGAGGUUUGCGCAUGAUAUUAAGAAUUUGGAGAAGGUGAUCAAGGAGAUGGCGGAAGUAUAGCCAGGUGUUACAUACAUGGGGAUUUCCAUUGGACUGAGGAUGAUACUCCUAAUACUCCUAAGGGAGGCUCUCUCUAUGAUUGCAACGGUCUGUUGCACAUUACCACGGGAGAAGCAGUUGUAUUCAGUGAGCUAUGCCUUCCCUACUGUCCUCAAUGUAUCAGUCAAAACCACCCCGAGGCAGAUGAAUUUCCGUCUCGUUUCAUCCACCUGGUCAUUUCCCUCCAUAUACUUUACUCCCCAGUCUCCCCAGUCUCCCCAGUCUCCCCAGUCUCCUCAGUCUCCUCAGCCUCCUCAG